GUUUCUCCCCUCCAUCUCAUUGUACCACUUACUUUUCUCCACACUACUCUGACAUCACUGGAGUUUCCCCUGGUCUUACAGUCUCUGAGCUUUAAAAAGAAUGAAGAACCAGUAUAUUCUGAACACAACAGUGACAGACCAGCCAAGCAAAGCACUGAAGUGAUAAACUGCGCUGAGAAGACUUUACAGAAUCUUUUAAAAAGCAUUUUGGCAGUAUCUUGUACAUCUUUCGGAGAACUAACACAGUAAUGAUGGAGCAUGACAGUCAAGUAUUGUUGGGUCUUGAAGAAGGGACGCUGCCUUUACCAAGGGUGAUGGUGUCGAGGAGGAAGGCUAACUCUUCAAAGUCAGGCGUAUGGCGGGUGUGUGGGGUUUUUCUGGCUGUGACCCUGUGUGCUGCAGCUGCUGUCUGCUUCACGCUCAACAAGUCUCAGAGUAAUCAGGAAAGUGGAACUGGUGAGCUUUCAACGAGAGAUCAUUUUUCACAAGCAAAUUUCACUUCCAAGGCUGCCAUCCAUUUAACAGGUGGAUAUGAGACUGAAGACACAACCCUAGAUUGGAGAGUGAACCAGGACCAAGCUUUCUCUUCAGGCGGCUUGAAAUUAGUAAAUAGGGAGAUCAUCAUUCCUUAUGACGGCAUUUACUUCGUCUACACCCAGGUCUCUUUCCACAUCAGGUGCUCGACUGACAGGACUGAGGACGACGACGACACUGUGUAUAUGAGCCACGUGGUGAAUCGCUUUUCCGAUUCCUAUGGAAGCAGUAAGCCGCUUUUCAGCGCUAUCCGCUCCACCUGCGAACACUCGCCUGACACUGAAGAGCUGUCGUACAACACAAUUUACCUCGGCGCGGCCUUCCAGUUACGAGCCCGAGACAGACUGAGCACCGAAACCACUUCAAAACUCCUGCCCCGUGUCGACAAUGAAAAUGGAAAGACCUUCUUUGGGGUGUUUGCUCUAUGAACAUGGACGUCAAGCAAAACUUGAAAAGUAAGGAAAGAAUGGAAACCUGUGAAGAGGAAAGCAAUAUGCUGAGCUUCCACUGCAAUGCCACC